ACAGGCGUACGUGGGCGGGUCCGAGGAGAUACAGUCAGUCGGAGCCGCUGGGUGAUGUUAGGGCUGCCUGGGAGUGGGAGAAUCCGCUCUGGACAUCAUUGCUUUCUGGGAUUACACUGAAUGAGUUUGCUAUAAACAGCUUUACUUACAUAACAGCUAGUAAUUCAGUUAGUGCACGCUCGGCUAGCCGUGUCGUAUAUUUUCAGAGCGGACGACACGCUUAAAUAAAUUUAAAAUUAGGAACAGACCGCCAUUGUGUGUUAUUUUUCCCCCUUCCUCCUAGGUGUGAGUGCGGUCAUUUGCGGAGGAUAACUUGGGUGAAUUUAAGAGCGCUCAAUAUGUCAGUGGUAGGCAUUGAUGUGGGUUUCCAAAAUUGUUACAUCGCUGUGGCCAGGAGCGGUGGCAUUGAAACCAUUGCCAAUGAACACAGUGACAGAUGCACGCCGGCCUGUGUGUCUUUGGCCUCCAAAAAUCGCAUGAUUGGAAAUGCAGCCAAAAGUCAAAUUAUAACAAACUUCAAAAAUACAGUCCAUGGCUUCAAAAAGUUCCACGGCAGAGCAUUCGAUGACCCAUUUAUCCAAGCAGAAAGACCUAAACUGCCUUACAGCUUGCAUAAGCUGGCCAAUGGAACCACUGGAAUUAAGGUGCGUUACUUGGACGAGGAUAAAGUGUUCACAGUUGAGCAGAUCACGGGGAUGCUGCUCACCAAGCUGAAGGAGACGUCAGAGAGCGCCCUGAAGAAGCCGGUGGUGGAUUGUGUCAUCUCUGUCCCAAGUUUUUUCACAGAUGCUGAAAGGCGGUCGGUGUUCGAUGCAACUCAGAUUGCAGGGCUGAAUUGCUUGCGGCUAAUUAAUGACACCACUGCAGUGGCUUUGGCUUAUGGGAUCUACAAGCAAGACCUUCCUACACCAGAAGAGAGGCCGAGAAACGUGGUAUUUGUGGACAUGGGGCAUUCGUCAUUCCAGGUGUCUAUCACUGCCUUCCACAAAGGCAAACUCAAGGUUCUUGCCACAGCAUUUGAUCCAUACCUUGGAGGGCGUAAUUUUGAUGAGGCAUUGGUAGAUUACUUCUGCGAGGAGUUUAAGAGCAAGUACAAGCUCAACGUGAGGGACAACCCGAGGGCUGUGCUGCGGCUAUACCAGGAGUGCGAGAAACUGAAGAAGCUCAUGAGUGCCAACUCCUCCGACCUGCCUCUAAACAUAGAGUGCUUCAUGAAUGACAUUGAUGUUUCCAGCAGGAUGAACAGGUUACACUUUGAAGAGAUGUGUGCUCAGUAUCUCAUGAGAGUUGAGAUUCCAUUGAAAUCGGCCCUUGAACAAUCAAAGUUGAGUCGGGAUGAUAUCUGUGCAGUGGAGAUAGUUGGAGGAGCCACAAGGAUCCCGGCUAUCAAAGAGAGGAUCGCCAAGUUCUUCUGCAAAGACAUCAGCACCACACUCAAUGCAGACGAAGCUGUAGCAAGAGGCUGUGCACUGCAGUGCGCAAUUUUGUCACCAGCAUUUAAGGUUCGGGAAUUCUCUAUCACUGAUGUGGUUCCUUUCCCGAUUACUAUGCGCUGGAAAUCACCCACAGAGGAUGGAUUGGGAGAGUGCGAGGUGUUCAGUAAGAAUCAUGCUGCUCCUUUUUCCAAAGUGAUUACCUUCCACAAGAGGGAACCCUUCGACCUGGAAGCCUUUUACAGCAACCCUCAAGAACUGCCCUACUCCGACCACAGGAUAGGCUUUUUUUCAGUACAGAAUGUGGUUCCCCAGCCAGAUGGUGACAGCUCUAAAGUGAAAGUCAAAGUGCGCGUCAACAUCCACGGCAUCUUCAGCGUGUCCGGCGCUUCUCUGAUUGAGAAGCAGAAAGGAGAGGGCGAGGACAUGCAAACUGAUACAGAGCCAGUGGUGCAGAAUGAGAGCAGAGCAGAGGAGCAGAUCAAAAUGCAGGUGGAUCAGGAAGGCCAAACCCAAGGGGAGCCGCAGAAUGAGGAUGCCAGUUCCAGCAGUAAGGAGGGAGCAGCUGGUGAGAAGCAGGACCCAGCAGCAGGAGGAAGCAAGCCCAAAGUCAAGGUGAAGAGUAUCGAUCUUCCCAUUGUGAUCAACAACAUUCGACAGCUUGACAGUGACGUCCUUUCUAACUUUGUGGAGUAUGAGCGUCAGAUGAUUAUCCAGGACAAACUUGUGAAAGAGCUGAACGACGCAAAGAAUGCUGUGGAGGAGUAUGUGUAUGAUCUGCGGGACAAACUUUGUGGGAUUUAUGAAAAGUACAUCACUGAGGGGGACAGCAACCGGCUGACGCUGAUGCUGGAGGACACAGAGAAGUGGCUCUAUGAGGAUGGGGAAGACCAACCCAAACAAGUCUAUGAGGAGAAGCUAGAUGCACUUAUGAGGUUGGGCCAGCCCAUUCAGGACCGGCACAGGGAGCAUGAGGACAGGCCGAGAGCAUUUGAGGAACUGGGAAAGAAACUGCAACUCUACAUGAAGUUUGUAGAUUCCUACAAACAGAAGGACGAGCGAUUCCUUCAUUUGAGUGCAGAGGAAAUGAGCACUGUGGAGAAGUGUGUGACUGAAAGCAUGGGCUGGAUGAACAGCAAGAUGAAUGCGCAGAGCAAACUUGCUUUAACUCAAGACCCAGUUGUCAAAGUAGCAGACAUGAUCGCUAAAAUCCAGGAGCUGGAGGACAUAUGUAAUCCAGUGAUCAACAGGCCAAAGCCCACAGUGGAGGAGGCCCCCGAGGUGAACGACCAAACCAGCGGAGCUCACAACGGCCCGACGGCUAAGCAGGGAGGAGCGGAAGGAAAGAGGGAAGCAAAGGGGAGCCAGCAGACGAAGCCGGGCACAAAAGAGAUGGAGGUGGACUGAGAUCUGUGUCCGACGCGCAGACUCCGCAACCAUCAACGCGUUUACCGUCACACGGCAUCUAGACAGGCGCAGAAAAAUCAACACCUGGGAACAUUUCUCAGUCCUCAUCAACCACUUAUGUGGAUCUGGUUUUUUUUUUUGUGUCCUCUCCCAUUGGAUUUUACCAUUUGAGGUUUUUUGUUUUCAUCCUUACGUGUGACACUGGUGUGCUUUAGUCUCUCAAAGGUUUGCCAUACUAAAAAAAUUAAAGAAUGCCACAAUAGAUGAAAAUAUGAGUCUGUCGUAAAACCGAUUCCUUCGUAUCUCACAGGAAGGUACGCUUUGUGUUUUGCAUUCCACGUGUCUCUUAAGUGUCCAAUAUCACCCAUAAGAGAAAUAGACAGUGCUGUCCAUGCCACUGCUAGUGCAAACCUUUUAGUUAGUAUACAAUAAUACAAAUUAUAUUUGUAUUCAACGAGUUCGAAGAGAUAUGUCCGUGUCUACAAACUGUAAAUAUUAUUUUAGUAAACAAAAGCAGCCAGCAUAGACAUGUACAUAGAGAACACAUUCUAGUGUUACAAUGGAAAUGCUCAUAUACCAAGUUUCCUUUAGUGAUUGGUUGCCUAUUUCCUUUUUUUUUUUUUUUUCUUGCAUUUUUCCAUAUUUAAUUGAAGGUGGGGAAAGAAUAAACGCAUUUGUCUGCAAGA